AGAGGCGGGCGGCGCGGCGGGGCCCGGGUUUCGGUUCCGGGUCGGGCGGCUGCAGCCCUGCGCUCAGCUCGCCGGCGCCGCGCCCCGCCCCCGCGCUCCGGACCUGGGCAGGCGGCGGCCCGGGGGGCCGCUCCCGGGGCCACAUGGCGGAGGGGGACUCAGGGAGCGACCAGAGGCAGAAUGAGGAAAUCGAAGCGAUGGCAGCAAUAUAUGGCGAGGAAUGGUGUGUCAUUGAUGACUGUGCCAAAAUAUUUUGUAUUAGAAUUAGCGACGAUAUAGAUGACCCCAAAUGGACACUUUGCUUGCAGGUGAUGUUACCUAAUGAGUAUCCUGGUACUGCUCCACCUGUUUAUCAACUAAAUGCUCCAUGGCUCAAAGGGCAAGAACGUACGGAUUUAUCAAAUAGCCUUGAGGAAAUAUACAUACAGAAUAUUGGUGAAAGUAUUCUUUACCUGUGGGUAGAGAAAAUAAGAGAAGUUCUAAUACAGAAAUCUCAGAUGACAGAACCAGGUCCAGACAUAAAGAAUAAAACAGAAGAGGAAGAUGUUGACACUGAAGAAGAUGUGAUUUUAGCAUGUCGACCAGCAAAUCCAGUAAAAGCAUUAGAUUUUGAUAUCAGUAAAAAUCGCACAGAAAUAGAAGAAUUGCCUCCGAUUGAUCAUGGUGUUCCUAUCACAGACCGAAGAAGUACUUUCCAGGCCCACCUGGCUCCAGUAGUUUGUCCCCAGCAGGUGAAAAUGGUUCUUUCCAAAUUGUAUGAGAAUAAGAAAAUAGCUAGUGCCACCCACAACAUCUAUGCAUACAGGAUAUAUUGUGAGGAUAAGCAGACCUUCCUCCAGGACUGCGAGGAUGACGGAGAGACAGCAGCGGGUGGGCGCCUUCUCCAUCUCAUGGAGAUUUUGAACGUGAGGAAUGUCAUGGUGGUGGUCUCACGCUGGUACGGUGGGAUUCUUCUGGGGCCAGAUCGCUUUAAGCAUAUCAACAACUGUGCCAGAAACAUACUAGUAGAAAAGAACUACACAAGUUCUCCAGAGGAAUCAUCUAAGGCUUUGGGAAAGAACAAAAAAGUAAAAAAAGAUAAGAAGAGGAGUGAACAUUAAAACUAUAUGAAAGAUUAAUUUUUCUCUAAUUACAUGCAGUUCCAUAGUCAUCAAGAAAUUCAUUGUGCUGAGAAAGGGUCCAUGACUGCUUAGUCAGCCAGUUCAUUGUGGACACCAACAUUAUCUUUUCUUCUUGAGUUAGAUCAUCUGCUAAAAGUAGAAAACUUAGGAAAUAUUGAUUCGUGUUUCAGGUUGAUUCAGAAGAAUUAAUUUGAACUAGUCACCACUUCAUCUAAUUUUAGGAAGGUAAUAGUUGCUGAGGACAGUAUCUGAAUUAACUGUCCAUUUCACUACAUGUCAAGUGCCUUUGUUAUGUGGGGGAAGAAAUGUCUCUAGAGGAUUAGAAAUCCCUGAUUUCUCAUCGUGGAGCUCUCAUUUGUUAAAUGAAUCUUGCCUUUUACUGCUCUUUAUGGAUUAAUGGAAUAGGAGCUUAUUGAGGAUAGAUCUUGGAGAGUUCUUGUGAUUUUAGUUCAUAACUAUGUCACCUUUUAUUUUAUAAAAGUCACCGAGUAAUGAAUUAAGUGAAAAUCCAGGUAUAUUCAUCUGCAGUUAUGUGCUGAGGUGAUAACUUGUGCAAUAUAUUUGUUAGCAUUAUGACUCAGUUUCUGUUGUAAAUUGGUGAUUGUGAAAUUUCAUAAAAUGAUUUUCUUGUUUCUACUGUUAUGAUUUGUUCUUGUAAUGUAAUCAGUAAUGGAGACUCUGUAAAGCUUUCCUUCCUAAAAUGUAUUGGUGUCGGGCGGAGAGAUAGUACAAUGGGAAAGGCACUUGUUUGCCCAAGGCUGACCCGGGGUCGAUCCCCAGCAUGUCAUGAAGUUCUCUAAGCACAGCCAGGAGAAACUUCUAAUUGCAGAGCCAGGAGUAACCAUUGAGCAUUGUCAGGUGUGACCCCAAACAGAACAAAAUAUGUUUACAUAAUAACAUUUGGGUUUCUUUUAACAGCUGAUAAGUACCUGGCUUGUGAUUCUCACUGAGGAAGUAUAACCAAUUAGAAGCUUUGUUAUGGCUACCGGAACAGUUAUAGAAUGGGAUGAAGAGGGCAGAGCAGCACUGGGGUAGGUUAAGAGUGUGCUGUACAUAUGUGACACACAUUUUCACCUGCACUUGGCUCUCUUUCUCAAUUUUAUGACUUUGUGAAGAGAAGGAACAAGAGAAGGAAUUGAAUUGAAAAACAAGAAAAAUCCCUUUUUUCCCCCUCAUUCUUAUUAAAUCUUCCUUUUUAUUGGUAUUUUGUAUUAUUCCUUUCAUCAAUUUCCUAUUAGACAUCUAGUUAAUAAAUUUACCUUUGAGAUAUCUAACAAUGAGUCUUAAUCAUUCCCUUUAAAAUAUGAUUGAGGACAAUUGCCCCAACUAACUGAUUAUAAAUUGACCUGAGAUCACCUUUUAGGGGGAAGGAACGUAUUGCCUUCUAAGUGGGGCAGUUUGGGCUGGUACUGGAUCAUGGAAAAAGUAUCUAAAAAGGUGGGCGCAGAAAAUUACUUUAUUCUGUUCUCUAGUGUUUUACUUUGAAAAGAUCCCACAUGUUUAGCUCAGUGUUUUUAAUAAGCAUGUAGCAAAUAGCUAUGGAUUAGGAUGGAUUCUGAGAGCUAAACCUGUAUUUGGUGUGUGUUUAAAUGUUGUCAAGAGUCAUCAUAGGAUGACUGGUAUGUAUUUAGAAUACUUCUUUCAGAUUCCAUGGAAAGUUAAAUAUGUCCUGUGUAGUAAUUGUUUAAAAAACUGUACAGGGACUGGGUGGAAGUUGAGAAGGCUCAAGUGCAUUCACUGCAUGCCGGUGCCCCAGGUUCAGUUUCUAGCACCGCAUGCUCUUCUGAGCAACCAUCUGAAAGUGGUAGAACACAGCCAGGUGGGCCCUCAAGCCAAAAACAAGUUAAUGAGUGAUGGAUAAAGUUAGAAAAAUUAACACCUUUCAAAUAUUUCCACAUUUUGGCAUGUCAAGCCAUUGAAAGAACACAUAAACAGUAAGAAUUUGAUGCUAUAGAAAAAUGAAGGAUUUUUAUUUUUCUUCAGCACCAAAUUUGAAUUCCUUGCUGUUCUACCUGAACAUUUAUUUGGGUCAUCACAGAAAACAAAAACACCUUCUGUGAUCUCAUUUUCCGUUAUUAAAAAAAUUCUUAACUAUUCUUCUUUCUGCAAAAUUACUCCGUUUUCUCACCAGAAAACCUAAUCACCUUUAUAAGAGGGAAAGGUCCAAAAUUCUCUAAUUCUGGAAUUACUUCACACUUUACCAUUAAGGACCUCCCUCAAUAAUGAUAGUACCCCCUUUUCUUUUGAAUAUUUCUCUUGUUUAGAGGAUUUUAAAAUUGUCCAAAUAAUACUUUUCUAUAGCCAGAUGUAUUUUGUGGCGUAUUUUAUAGUCUAUUGUAUUAAAAAUAUUCCCCACGUGCCAGAUGUAAGAACAAGUAGCAUCUACUUUUAAAAUGGCUGUUUGAUCUGAAGGUUUAUAUCAUGAAACAUAAACUUUUUGAAGAGAAUUGUAUCAAAGUAAUCAUAGCCAAUAAAGAAAAAUAUGAAGCAAUUACUGACUGGAAGACAGAUAAAAUUUAUUGGAAAAUGGUAUAAUUGCCUCAAAUUCUAUUAUGUAGAGGUAGUCAUUAUUAACAUUUGCUAUGUACAUUCUUCUAUUUUUUUCCUAUGCAUGACUUUGUAUAUAUGGCUAUUUUUCUUUCCAUAAAAAAUGGUAUUAAACUGUAUAUACUGUUUUGUAUCUGCAUAUUUCAUAUAGAAGUAUAUUGUUAACCUUUUCCCAUGUCAAUAAAUAUUCUUCUAUGACUUCAUUUCUUA